AUGGAAGAAACGAACUCAGUGGCUACACUGAUGGAUUCAACGUCUUCGAAGAUACAACAGCUGCAGAAGGCAUUUGCUGAGCUCGAAAGUUAUCGAGCAGUUACUCUUAACAUGAAAUGGAAAGAACUGGAGGAACAUUUUCACGGGCUUGAGAAAUCCUUGAAGAGGCGCUUUCACGAAUUAGAAGAUCAAGAGAAAGUGUUUGAGAACAAAACACUGAAAGCUCGUGAAAUGUUGAAGAAGCAGGAAGCGGCUAUUUUUGCCAAGGAGCAAGCCACAUUGCAGAGGCUUCAAGAGAAAAGAGAUGCUGCUACAUUUGCCAUUGUAAAUGCUCGAGAAAAGCACAGGAAGGUUUCACAGAAAGAUUUGGGCAUCGUUUCCAAUGGGAGUCAAUGUGCAUUAAGUGUGGAGGAGAAACCAAUGGAUGCGGAUGCUAUUUCUAAUGUGACAGAAGGUCACGUAGAAGAUGUGAAACUUUCUCGUGAAGAUAGAAAUGUGGAAGUGAUCUCGUAUCCAGAAUUGGUAAAACUUUGCAAAGAGAUGGAUGUUUCUGGACUUCACAAGUUCAUAUCUGAUAACCGUAAGAACCUUGCUGCUAUAAGGGAGGAAAUACCACUUGCAUUAAGAGCUUCUCCUAAUGCUGCCAGUUUAGUGUUGGAUUCUUUGGAAGGAUUUUACUGCACGGAAGUAUCAAGUCAGGAUAUUAAGAAGGAUGCUAACUUAUUAGGUCUUCGCCGGACCUGUAUUAUGCUGAUGGAGUGUCUGAGCGAUUUCCUAACUGAUUUGGGUUCUGCUUCUAAUGUGAUUUCCAAAGAUAUCAAGGAUAGGGCAAAGGCAGUUGCUGAAGAGUGGAAGCCGAGAUUGGAUGCGCUUGACAUCGAUGCUAGCAAUGGGAAUUCCUUGGAGGCUCAUGCGUUUUUGCAACUCGUAGCUAGUUUUGAUAUUGCAUCUGGUUUUGAUGAGGAAGAGUUAUCCAGGCUAAUUCCAAUGGUGUCUCGGCGUCGCCAAACUGCUGAUUUAUGCCGUUGCCUUGGAUUAUCAGAGAAGAUGCCAGGUGUGAUUGAGGUUUUGGUGAACAGCGGGAGGCAAAUUGACGCGGAUGCUAGAAAUUCUUGCUCACCUGUCAAAAGGGGUAACUCAUCCCCCACUGCUCAGAUUGAAGUUAACGAACGAGAGUUGAUUGCUCAUAAAGCUGUAAUCAAGUGCAUUGAAGAACAUAAACUCGAAGAGCAGUAUCCUCUGGAACCUCUUGUGAAACGGGUUGUCCAACUAGAGAAGGCCAAAGCUGACAAAAAAAGGGAAACUGAAGCGACAAAGCCUCAACCAAAGAGACCCCGUGCUAACGGUGUAGGAUAUGGUCCUCGUGUCACUAACAACAUCCCUUCUGACAAAACUUCCUAUGCUAGAGUUGCUGCUGACAGGUAUCCACAAUAUGUUUACGACCGAUCUUACAUGUACGCUGGACCAACCGAGAAUCACUGUCCCCCUAUCCUCGGCAAUGCACAUUAUAACUUCUCUCAUAAUCAUGGAAACUACUUUGGAAAUGGCUAUCAGUACCAAGCUACGUAUCUUCACUAG